AUGACACCUGCCCAGUCUUCAGUCCGAGAUACGGAAGAUUUAGGGCUAAAGUCUGUCAAUAGAAGUGGAACAAACAGUCAGAAUGAAGAAGAGCAUGUGCCCACUGUUGGGCCACUGGGCUAUGCAAAUGAAAUAAUUCAACUUUUCAAACUCGCAGGACCUGUGUUCAUUUCACAACUGAUGAUCUUUCUCAUCAGUUUUGUCAGCGCGGUGUUCUGUGGUCACCUGGGGGCGAAAGAGCUCGCAAGUGUGGCGUUGGCGAUAUCGGUUAUUAACGUGACUGGGAUUUCAGUUGGCAGUGGUUUGGCAUCGGCCUGUGAUACGCUCAUAUCCCAGACUUACGGGAGUGGAAACCUAAAGCGUGUGGGAGUCAUUCUCCAAAGAGGCAUUUUGAUUCUGCUCCUGGCCUGCUUCCCCUGCUGGGCCAUCCUCAUUAACACAGAGCCCAUCCUGCUCGCUGUCAAACAAAACCCAGAGAUCGCACGGCUCUCCCAGCAUUAUGUGAAUAUCUUCAUGCCUGCUCUGCCAGCUGCUUUCAUGUACCAGCUGCAGGGAAAGUAUCUACAGAACCAGGGUAUAAUCUGGCCUCAGGUGAUUACUGGAGUCCUUGGAAAUAUUCUUAACGCAAUUAUCAACAGCAUCCUCCUCUAUGUGCUGGAUCUGGGUGUUGUUGGAUCUGCAGCAGCAAAUGCUGCCUCACAGUCAUCUUUGGCUCUGAUCUUGUACAUUUACAUCCGCUGGAAGGGGCUACACAAGGCGACGUGGUCUGGCUGGUCACUGGACUGUCUGCAGGAGUGGGGCCUGUUCACCCAGAUGGCCAUCCCCAGCAUGCUUAUGCUCUGUCUGGAGUGGUGGACUUUUGAAAUUGGAGGAUUCUUGGCUGGUGUGAUCGGUGAGAUUGAGCUCGCAGCUCAGUCAGUUGUUCAUCAGAUGGUCACUAUUGUGUUCAUGUUGCCAAUGGGUUUCACGGCAGCUGCCAGUGUGCGGGUUGGGAAUGCUCUUGGUGCUGGGAACACUGAACAGGCCAUAUUAUCUGGAAAGGUCUCCGUCAUCUGUGCACUUGCAAUCUCGUGCGUUGUUGGAAUUAUUCUUGCAUCGUGUAAGGAUGUGAUUGCUUACAUCUUUACAACAGAAGAAGAAAUUGUUCAGCGGGUUGCUGUUGUCAUGAUCAUACAAGGGUUCUUCCAUCCUGUAGAUGCCAUGGCGGCUGUGACGGGGGGAAUUUUACGAGGAGCAGGGAAACCGAGGAUUGGGGCCAUCUGCAACUUGGUGGGCUAUUACUGCAUCGGCCUUCCUAUUGGACUGUCCCUGAUGUUCGCUGCCAAAAUGGGAAUCGUCGGACUGUGGCUGGGGCUCUUAGUUUGUGUUACUCUACAAUCCACAUUCUUUAUCAUUGUCCUGUGGAAACUAGACUGGAGAAAGGCAGCUGAAGAGGCAAUGGUGAGAGCAGGAGUCCAGGACGCAGAAAGGAAAGAAGUGCUGGCAGCGAAAAACCAUGAGCUCGUCAGUACAGCUCGCAGUGAGUCCCAGGUUAGCAUCAUUUCAUCUCCUGCUCUGAGCUGCGAGGAACGGAACCUGGACCUGCAGGCGCCCGGUCCGGGCCGCGGUGAGACGGCCGCCGCUGCAGCGCCUCGGCCCCCGAGGAUCAGGCAGCUGCUGCUGCGUCGUGGCCUCACGGUGCUGGUCAUGGUGCUCAUCCUUGGCGCUGGGAUACUCACCAAGAAAAUGGACCACCUGCUGGAUGACAACUCCAGGUACAAAGACGCUGACUACUUGGAUGAGAGAUACAAGGCCGAGCACAGUUAUGACCGGUUGGACAGCUUCUCCAAAUUCCAGCACCUUCUGGAAAAACACAUCCAGUUUUGGAAACAGCAGUGUGACUCCUCAGUGUGCAUCAGUACAAUGAGCGAGAGGCACAGCAACUGCCCAGGCAUGACCUGGCAUGAGAUGGACAUGCGCCCGCUCUCCUUCCCCGAUGUGUCCUUCGAUGUCGUCCUAGAGAAGGCCACACUGGACCCCAUCAUGGUGCAAGGGAAGACGCCUUUUGAGGUGUCCCCUCAGACCGCUUGUUUUAUCCACAAGAUCCUCACAGAGGUAUUGUUAAAAAUCUGUGACAAGGGUUGA